ACAAUUAAAUCUUUAUUUGUGCAGAGUGCACAAGUUGGCGUUUCACCUGCCUACAUGGCAGAAAAAAUGACCAGCAUGGAUGCCACAGUGCCGGAGGCCAAGUAUCAAAAACUGGCGAGUGAAUACUCAAAGCUGCGUGCACAAGCGCAAGUAUUGAAGAAGGCGGUGCUAGAUGAGCAGGCAAAGGAGGCAAGUCUUCGUGAGCAACUGCAACAGAGCGCCACAGCGCUGAGGCGGACAGAGCAAGAAGUCGACUCACUAGGGUUUCGCAACAAGCAGUUAGAGUCGCGUGUCUCCCAACUACAGCAGGAACUAACGGUGCAUGAGCAGGCUCGGAAGAAAAAGGAGACAAACAAACGCGGGCUUUUAGGGGGCAGUAAACAUGAGCCUCCCAGUGAGGCGCCAAAUAUAAAUGCAGCUCAGGAAGCUCUUAUCUUCGAGGAGCUUCAAAAGAAAAUAAUGGAAAACGCACAGCUGACGUCAUUGAUAGAUGACAAGCAACGCGACUUGUUGCUGCACACGGAACGCAUAUCGGAGCUGGAACAGAAGCUAGAAAAACGAAUUGGCGACCAGAAUGAACUGGAAAAGCGGUUGCGCAAAGAAAUGGAAGCGCUGCAGCUGAGAAACUGUGAACUCGAAACAAAACUGGUCGAUGCCGCGAGCAUGCUUGGCAGUGAGGAUGCUUUGAGCGCCACUGGCAGCGACAGCACGCCGCUCCACAAUCAACAGCAGCACCAGCUUAACACCAAUAUAGCCUUAACACUAACUGCCGAAGAACGCAUCGCGCUACUCGAAAAGGAGUCGGCCCAUUGGCGAGCCCAGUACGAGGUGUCAAAACUUAACCAGAGCUUAAACACGAGCUCGAACUCCAACUCGAACACAAAUGUGGAUCUCAGCAAAACGUUGAUGGAUGCCAGCAGUAUUUGCAGCUGUAGUACGGCUGCAGCUGGCAUCACCGUUAAGCCAUGCUGCCUGGAGAACAAGAGCGGCCAGCGCGCGCGUGAUUCGCUGCAGGAACCGCACGAGCCGCCCACCAAAGAGCAGCUUAUAUAUAGCGCAUUUAGCAAAAAAUAUGAAGAACUACUACGUCUCAAAGCGCUGGCCGAGUCGCGUGUACGGUCAUUUGAGCAGGAAAUAUUGCAUUUGCAGAUCUGCCUAGAAAAUGCCACGCAAGAACUGAAAGCCAAGGACGAUCAACUGUCCAGCGUGGGAAGUGCCCUGCAAAUGCUCGAGGAGGAGUUGUCCACGACUCGAUAUAACUACGAGGAGCAGAUCAGCGUACUGACAGAGCAAGUGAUAAGCUUAAGCGAACAGUUGGCUGCGUGCAAAUGAAUUUCGGCCUGUCGCUUUGCUUUAUAUUACAAAUUAUA